GUGAGACAUGAAGGGCGAAACAACUAGAGCGAAGACGAUGAUCGAGGGUGCCAAGGCUCGACGAGUUGCCUUCUCGAAACAGCGACCGGGGCUGUUGAAGAAAGCAAGCGAGCUGUGCACUCUUUGUGCUGUCGAGAUGGCCCUUAUUCUCUUCUCUCCUAGCGGCCAGCCUUUCUCCUUUGGACACCCUUCUGUGGGUGCAAUCCUAGACAGGUUUGAGCAUCCACAGACCGCUUGUCCUCCUGCCACCCAACAGGCUCAAGCUAAUGGAGACCAGACCCUAGCUGAACUGAACAAGCAAUAUGCAGAUGUGCUCGAGCAACUGAAAGCUGAAAAGAAACGGGCAAAAGAGCUACGAGACGUCAAGCCUCUGGAAAUCCAAAACCUUAGCUUCGACCAGCUAAUGGUAUUAAAGAAGGCGCUCGCAGAUCUCAAAGAAAAUGUGGACCAGAGAAGGAUGGAGCUCUUGGCAUUAGAGGCUGCAGCUCCAACCCCUUGCGCAAGAGCUAUGGAUGGCUCCGUCAUUAGAAGAACUGAUGAUAAACACUCUGAUCCUCCUAAAGCAAACGCUGGUGAGGAGUAGUCAA